CUCUCGCGCAACAAUAACCAGCUGUCAUACACACUCAGCAGCUAUGAGCCUCACCGACCUCUUCAACGAUGACUCGCCGCCCCCAUCGCCUUGGCGGAAGGAAGCUCUCUUUCUCGACGGCGAAUCCGCGUCCGGCGAAGACGAAUCCAUGUCCGGCGACGGCGAAUCCGCGAUCAGCGACGACGAAUCCACGUCCAGCGAGAGACCGAUGAAGCGGCAGCGGCGCCUCUACGACUCGUCGCCCUCGCCCCCGCCGUUCUCGCUUGCAGAACUGCUACGCUCGCCCGGCUUCCAGCGAGACCUGCAAGAGAUUACCCGCGCCGCCGAGCGUGGGCGGCUGGACAUUCUAGAUGAGAGUGGGCCGCCUGCGCCCGCCCCGCGUAGGCGGUUGGACAAUGCAGAUGGGAGUGGGGUGCCUGAUCCCACCCCCGAACUACAGGGGAUCGCGCCGCGCGUCCUCGCCGAGCUGUUCGACGACCCACUCGCGGCGCAGGACCCGCUCGCGGCGGGCGGGGCGUCGGAGGAGGAGCCGAAGCGGCGGCGCGUGAUCGCUAAAGUCGACCCGGACCGGUUGCUGGGCCCGAAGGGGUUUCCGGCGCUCGUGGCCGCCGCGCGCAAGUUCAAGGUUAAGGGAAAGGGGCAUGAGACAUCGGACCUUGAGCGCCUCAUGGACACGUACCAGGUUUGGGCGCAUGGCAUGUUCCCGAAGGGCGAGUUUGGGUAUACUAUUGGGCGUAUCGAGGCGGUUUGCCGCAAGAAUCAAAUGGUUAACGCGAUCCGAGGUCUGCGCGAUGAGUUCCACCCACCGCCACGCACACCGUCUCCCGAUCCGGAGGAGCAGGGGUCAGCCGCUGGCUCGCCUCGGCGCGAGGAGGAGUCGCUCGACGCGUUUAUCGAGCGAGGGGAGGAGAGCAUGGGCGACGAGACGUUCCGGUACGCACCAGGUGCUGAGACACUUGCGGCGGACAGGCGGCCGCUGUUUGCCCCAGGGCCGGAUGUGGAUGAUGAUGAGGACGAGGAUGAGCUAGCGGCGCUGGCGGAGAUGGAGCGCGAGACCGGGGUGGAGGAGAGCACAGCGCUUGAGACGAGGCGAGAAACACGGGUCGACUUUGGAGACGAGCCGCCCGCGUUCGAUGAGGAGGAGGAGUGGUAGGGGUUGCGGUCGUUCCAUGUGUAUA